UGGCUUCAUAUAGAUGUUAAAAAGCAUGGGGGACAGAACCAAUCCCUGCGGGACUCCACAAUAGAGAGUCCAGGGUAUCGAGCAGUGCUCCGCAAGCCCUACCUUCUGGAGACGGUCCACCAAGUAGGAGCGGAGCCACUGCCAAGCAGUACCCCCGACUCCCAACUCCGCGAGUCUCUCCAGAAGGAUACCAUGGUCGAUGGUAUCAAAAGCCGCUGAGAGAUCAAGGAGAAUCAACAGAGUUACACUCCCCCUGUCUCUCUCCCGACAUAGGUCAUCAUACAGGGCGACCAAGGCCGUUUCAGUGCCGAAACCGGGCCUAAACAGAGACGGUGUAAUUUUCCUGCGUCCAAUAUAUCUGUGGGUCAUAGGGCAAGCCUUAGACUUCAAGUCACCAAAGGCAGAAAUCGGAAAUCAUAGUCACUGUCCUGGCUCCCGCCAACAGCAUCAGAUGUGGAACUCUCGGCUCGGAUAUUGCCAAUGCCUUUAAUCCAUAUGAGGUUCAGCGCGGCUCUCCAGAACACCAUUUAACAAAAACCCUAAACCUUGAUCCUAUAUGACUCCUGUGGAAAUCAGCGGGAUUCAUAAACAAAUUCACAAGGGAGGAAAUGAUUUUGUACAUUUGAUUUUUUUUCUCCCUAAAGCGUGAUCUUAUCAUACGCAUGUUUACUAACACAUCAGUCCCUCUGCUAUCUACGGGGCUUGCUCCCAGAUAAUUGUACUUAGCGUCGCAGACAACUUCCAGCACCCGUCUCUCUUCCUCUCUCUCUCUGGCUGUGAUCAAAGGCUGGUUGGGGUAAUACGAUCAAGCAAUUGACAAGAGCAAUGACAAGGUCACGUGUCUAACAGCCACCAGCAUCGUCUCGUCCGCUCCUCCCUCGUAUUCAACCCACCGACCCACCCCCAUCAAGGUUCUCCCCUUUGUGGGCGGAAAAGAAGCCCAGCGCCCCUCCUGCCCGGCGCGCUGGCCGCCGGUGCUGUAACGCAAUAGAAGUGAAACAUUGCAGCGUGGCGACAGCUGCUGCUGCCAGCCUCUCCGGGUAUCCGGCUUCUAUCCUGCAGCGGGGACAGGUGCAGCAGGAUGCAAGAAAUUGACAAGAAUGAAACUUUGAAACAAGAAUGGGCUUGCAAACCAAGAACUAAUGACCAAAUGCAGAAUGGUGGAGGCAAGAAAGGUUGUGACCUUUUUGUUGAUGACCUUUUUGAAGAAGCUCAGAAGGUUGGAGCUGUAUGCAAGGAACAGCCUCAAAUAAAAAAUCGAGUUGAUACAACAAUUAAAUUGUGGAAAAAUGGAUUUACUGUGAAUGAUGGUGAACUCCGAAGCUACACAGAUGUUGCAAACCAGUGCUUCUUGGACUCUGUUAAAAAAGGGGAAUUGCCUCUUGAGUUACAGAAGAUUUGUGAUAAACAAGAGGUGGAUGUGAAGGUGGAUGAUAAGAAAGAUGAGGUGUAUGCAUUGAGGAAGUCGGUAUUUCAUCCUUUCUCUGGACAAGGAUAUAGACUGGGAAGUGCCACACCAAGAAUAAUUUGUAAAGGAAAAAGAGAUGUUGAAGAAAUGGAAAAGAUAAAACCAACAGUGGUACUAAAUCAUUCAGAACCCAUCACUAACAUCCAGAUCUGGCUAACAGAUGGAACAAGGAUAGUACAAAAAUUUAAUAUUUCUCAUAGAAUAAGUCAUGUCAGAGACUUCAUAACAAAUUACCAAGGACAUCAAGGAAGAAACCCCUUCAUGUUGACCACAUCACUUCCUUUUCGGGAGCUGCUGAACGAAUCUCUCACCUUGGAGGAAGCUAACUUAAAAAAUGCUGUUGUUGUUCAGAGACUUAAAAAAAAUAGUGAGCCUUUUCUGAAUUUGUCCUAGCAUUCUCUGUCAAGACUGCCUAAAAUAUGUUAUGAUAGAGCUGCAGCGGUGGAGUCUUGGAGAAGAGGCAGACAAUACCCACCUAACAGUUGCCCAGUGGGGUUUAUUUAACCAGGCUGGUCUGUAAAAUGGGGAUUAGUCAAAACCCAAAUUAAUAGCAAUAUCUGUGGUGUGGUGUGUAACAUCUGCAGUACUGGUCAGAAAGAGCAUAUAUCAUGUGCAGGACUCCACAAUCUCAUUUUGUGCCAUUAGGUCCAUACAUUAUGCUUAGUCUUAAAUAAUUUCUUUGAAACUGACCUCCACUGAUUUUGAUAGAACUUACUUCUGAAAAAAUGUACUUAAGAUUGUAGUGUUAGCUUGCAAGAUGGAACAGAGAAAUGGUUCUGCCUAUUGCAUUGUGAAAAGAGUUAAUUAAAAAGUUUAGCUUCAAGGAGAAGACUAGCCUUCGUCCUGUAAGUUUGCCACAGGUAGGGAAGCUUUGACAAGGGCACUUUCCCACAAACAAUAACGCAUGCAUUAUGAAAUGGUACAGUCUCAGUGAGAGGUUUGUACCAUGUCAUAACUGAAUUGCCUCACUGAAUAAAAUCAACAUGUUUUCACCUUGAAACUUGUUUUAAAUCAGAUAUAUUUGGCACCUACCUAUCUGCCCAGCAGCAUUUGCAUACCUGGCUUCCUGACGCUGAGCAUUGGUGCCACUUACAGAGGGAUGAAGCACGGGGAACUCAGCACAGUGUGGCAGUGCCAGUCCAACGCUCCUGCACCCACACUGCGCUGAACUCCUGGUGUCUCGCCCCUCCCCUUCUUAGUGAGUGGCAGUGACACUCAGCAUUGGGAAGCCAGAUGCACAACACCACGGUGCCCUGCAGUACCAAACCAUGUUGCUUUGUGGGAGUUGGAAUGCAGGCACUGCUGGAUUAGUCCCCCACUCUGGUGAAAAAUGAUUUAUUACACCUAAUGUUCUCUAGGUGCCAUAAAAACAUUAAGAAAACACAAUAGUCCCUGCCUGCAGGCUUGCACUCUAAUAGACAUGGUACCAUAGGGAAAAGGGAUAGGGAGAUAACGGGGAAAAGCAAAUUCAGGUGCUAAUAGUUCAUAGCUGUUUCAUGAUCCAGUGGAAUGGGUCAGAGGAAGAAGGAACCUUGUUAGUCCCAGCUAAACCUAUGGAGUGGGCCAUGAUGUCUCAUCUGUCCCUCUACAGUGCAGAUACAAUCGUGUGUGUAUGUUCCAAAACACAUACUGCAUCUGCAGGAAACAGAGGAGAGUUUAAAGGUGUUUCCAGUUUUUAGUCUGUCAUCUUUUUUUCUUUUUCUUUUGCAUUACCUCACCUAAAUUGGGAAGGGCGUAGCUCAGUGGUAGGGCAUCUGCUUUGCAUGCAAAAGGUCCCAGGUUCUAUCCCCAGCAUCGCCAGUUAGGACUGAAAGAGACUGCUAUCUGAUACCUUGAGAACUGCCAGGCCCUGUAGACAAUUCUGAGCUAGAUGGACCAAUGGUUUGACUUGGUAUAAAGCAGCUUCCUAUGUUCUUAAUCUCCAUUAAGAAAAAUAACACAGUUCUUAAUACAGUGAUUUUCUCUGCUGCUACAAUAAUGGGCAUUCUUGACUACUGAGAAAUCUCUUUGUCACAAGAUAGGGUCAAUUUGCAAACAAAUCUGGAUUCAAACUAAUUUUUCAAAAAUAAACACAUAACAUAAAAACAGACUUGCAGAUAACACAAGGGGAGCGACAUCAAAGAACUCAAAGACAUGUCUGAUUAGCAGAACGUAGGAUUUUGCAGAACCUAUAGUCUAGCUCUGUGAUACCAGUCACCCUACCACCAUUUUCUUUGUUCCAAAUUUAGAUAGAGCCAAGUUACGGAGCUAGGGUCAAAUUUUCUUUUUCCUCAGAAACGAGGUCUACUUUCCCUCCUAAUUCCCCAUUCUGCUCCUGCAGCAGGAAAGGAUCUGUCACAUUAAUUCCCAUCUUCUAGUUUUUUGAAUAUUGGUCCAGAACAGGCUGGAAUUCCACUCUUAGGGUCCCAGUAGUUAAGAGGGUCUUACACAGAUAUCACUGAAGGAUGGCAAACUUGGCCUUAUAUGUGAGUUCUGAUUCUUGGUGGGGCAGACUAAGAACAUAAGAACAUAAGAAGAGCCUGCUGGAUCAGGCCAGUGGCCCAUCUAGUCCAGCAUCCUGUUCUCACAGUGGCCAACCAGGUGCCUGGGGGAAGCCCGCAAGCAGGACCCGAGUGCAAGAACACUCUCCCCUCCUGAGGCUUCCGGCAACUGGUUUUCAGAAGCAUGCUGCCUCUGACUAGGGUGGCACAGCACAGCCAUCACGGCUAGUAGCCAUUGAUAGCCCUGUCCUCCAUGAAUUUGUCUAAUCUUCUUUUAAAGCCAUCCAAGCUGGUGGCCAUUACUGCAUCUUGUGGGAGCAAAUUCCAUAGUUUAACUAUGCGCUGAGUAAAGAAGUACUUCCUUUUGUGUGUCCUGAAUCUUCCAACAUUCAGCUUCUUUGAAUGUCCACGAGUUCUAGUAUUAUGAGAGAGGGAGAAGAACUUUUCUCUGUCCACUUUCUCAAUGCCAUGCAUAAUUUUAUACACUUCUAUCAUGUCUCCUCUGACCUGCCUCUUCUCCAAACUAAAAAGCCCCAAAUGCUGCAACCUUUCCUCGUAAGGGAGUCGCUCCAUCCCCUUGAUCAUUCUGGUUGCCCUUUUCUGAACCUUUUCCAACUCUAUAAUAUCCUUUUUGAGAUGAGGCGACCAGAACUGUACACAGUAUUCCAAAUGCGGCCGCACCAUAGAUUUAUACAACGGCAUUAUGAUAUCGGCUGUUUUA